AUGUGUGUGACUUCGGUGUAUUAUUCUGUUCUUGUUAAUUCGGAUAGGGUUGGACUAAUUAUUCCAGGAAGAGGUCUGAGGGAAAAUCUGGUGGAGGUGACAAACCUCAUGAAUAUUCUUACUACUUAUACUGAGGCGACAGGUCAGGAGAUCAACCUGUCUAAGUCUGAAGUGUUUUUUAGCCGUAAUUUGAGUGGUCCGACCCAGGAGGAUCUAGCCAGAUUGAUGGGGGUGAAACAUGUUUUGGGCACAGGAAUGUACUUGGGGUUACCUUCGAUGAUCGAUAGAAGUAAGAAGGCAUUGUUUUCAUUUAUCAAAGAUAGAAUUUGGAAACGAAUCAAUACUUGGAGUGGUAGAUCUUUGUCAAGAGCAAGGAAAGAGGUUAUGAUUAAAUCAGUUCUCCAGUCGAUACCGGCCUAUAUUAUGAGUGUGUAUUUGAUUUCGGAUGGGGUGGUGAAUGAUAUCGAGAGAAUGCUUAAUUCGUUUUGGUGA